AUGUCUAACUUUUUGGCACAUACGGCAGCACAAAACAGACAAGUCGGGCUCCUUCGCUCGCUCAUCAGUCAAGACCCGAAGCUAGUAAAUUCCGUGGACGCCGAUGGAAGAACCCCUCUGCAUUGGGCUGCCUCAUCCGGAUCAGUGGAAAUCGUCCAGUAUCUCCUUAACCAGAAAGCUGAAGUGGAUCGUGGCGACAGCCUAGGCUGGACGCCUCUUCACAUUGCAGCCAGCGCAGGUUACGAAGACAUUGUCAGAGAAUUACUAGGAGCUGGAGUGGACGUGAAACGAACGAAUGACAAAGGCCAGACUCCGCUGCAUUACGCCGCCUCGAAAUCACGCGUCGAUAUAGGCAAACUGUUGAUUUCCAGAGGAGCAGAUAUCAAUGCAAGGGACAGAGCCAAUCAAACGCCGUUACACAGGGCUGCUACAACGGGAUCCACGGGAUUCAUUAAUAUUCUACUACAUCCUCCUGAGGGUUCUCCGAAGACUCGGCUGAACACAGCUGACCGCGUCGGAAACACGCCCCUCCAUCUCGCCAUGGAGUCCGCUUACGCAGAGGCAGCCUGUCUGCUUAUCGAAGCAGGCGCAGAUCGUGAACGUGAGAAUUUGGAUGGCCAGUCACCAGAAGACAUGGAAGGUGUCGGCGGACAGGAGCAGAAGAGGGCUAAGGCCUAUGUAGUUGAACGAUGUGGCAAGCGAUCAUAG